AUGGGAUUGUGCCAAAGUGAAGAGGAUCGAAAAGGUUUUGAGAAGAGCAAAGCAAUUGACAAGCAGAUAAAACGAGGAACUGCUGACGAUGAGAGGACCAAGCCUAAUAAUCAGUAUGCUACGGGGCACUACAUAAUCCGUUCUGUCGAGGAAUAUGAGAUGCAACAACUUAUCGCUGAAGAAUGGGUUGAACAUUUUGCACAGAGAUGUAAUAAUAUCCUAUGGUGUAAUAUUGUAGGUGGCGGUGAAUGUGGCAAAAGCACGGUGCUUAAACAAAUGCGAAUUCUACAUACGAGCGGCUUCACAGAAGACGAAAUAACACAACAAAAACGGGUGGUUUACAACAAUACGGUAACGGCAAUGAAUCAGCUCAUCAAAGCCAUGCAGCAGUACCAAAUAAAGUACUCGAACCCUGAGAGGGAGGCAGAGGCCUUGAUCGUUCAGGACGUCAUCAAGCAAGGUCGUGAGUCCGAGCCCUUCACCCCUGAGCUGGCAGUCGCUAUUAAGAAGCUCUGGAGUGACAAAGCAGUACAGGACAUUUACGAGGAUAAACGCAUCGAAUGUCACCUUCACGAAAGCACACGAUUUUUUCUGGAUAGCGUAGACAGGAUAUCAAAUGUGAAUUACAAGCCGACAGAUCAAGAUAUAUUGCUGACAAGAAUAAAAACAACGGGGAUUGUUGAAAUAUCUUUCGUUAUAAAGAAAGUGCACUUCAGGGUGUUCGACGUCGGUGGUCAGCGAUCUGAACGAAAAAAAUGGAUUCAUUGCUUCGAGGAUGUAAACGCUAUUAUUUUUCUCGCGGCACUCAGUGAGUACGACGAAGUGCUGUUCGAGGAUGAAACCACAAAUCGAAUGCUCGAAUCUCAGCGUCUGUUCGAAUCAAUCUGCAAUAGCCGAUGGUUCAUCAACACAUCUAUAAUUCUGUUUUUAAACAAAAGGGAUCUAUUUAUAGAAAAAAUUAAGCACUUAUCUAUUAAAACAGCCUUUCCUGAGUAUACAGGUUGGUUUCUUUCUUUUUUACUUAAGAGUAUUUAG